ACCUGACUUUUAGGCUUUUGCGUCAUGCUGUCAUCUCGUACCCGCAAGCGUGUCAAAAGUAAACAAACCACUUGAGGCACGGCGGUCAUCGUAUGUUAUAACGCUAACUAGUGCGAAAGUUACUGCAAGAGACGAAAUCUCUUGAAGCGGUCUAUAACUGUGGCGAUAUAUUAGCUGCCGAUGCUAAUUAGUCGGACGCUACAUGGCCUCGUCCCGACAAUCUGCGACACGAGCCCGGCGGGACGACUGCGGGGGUGGAACGGGGACGCCGAGCCGGUGGUGCUGCUACCGGGCAAACGCGUUUGCAGCGGCUCCUGUCAACGUUGUUUACCUUUCUCACACCUUUGUAGAUAUAAAAGUAGAGCUCCCGGCCCACAUUGAAGCAGAUCCUGUCGCCGUUGCCCGACUGGUCGUUGACGUUAACGAAGGAGACCCUGACGGGGUUGGAGCCCUGCGAGUUGAAGGGUACCCGGUUCGGGCGGCUGUACUCGGAGUGAGUGAGGAGUUUGUAGACGCCUUCCCGGGUGGUGAAUUGCGUUUUAAUCUCGUUCGUCUCCUUCCCUCCUCCCUCCGCCGCCAUCUUGGAAAUCGCCGUUCAUCCUUGUCCGGGGACCCGGAUGUUGCGGACGGGCGCAUGUGCAAAUUGGGGGCGGGGCGGGGCGGGACUCCAACGGGCAUGCAUUCUUAGGAUCACCACAAGUCACGUGAGGCGAAAGAUGAACUGUUUUUUUGUUGUUGUUUUUGUUUUUGAAUCAACGUUAAAAAAAAUAGUACAGAUCUGUAUACUACAUAUAUGAAACAAACAUUGAGAACAUUCAGUGUGUAAACAUUAUACGACAUAUGCAAAAAUAUAAAUGCCAGGGCGGGGUUCAGGUGCAUUCCUCUUUUUGUUACUAGAGUAAUUCAUAGGUUUGAUGUAGGAAACCGUACCAUUAUGAAAGUGUGUAAAAUUAGGUUUCUGGUUGCCAUAUUUACAUUUGUGAAUAUACAAUUUAGCCUUUAUUAUUAAACAAUAAUAAUAUAUGUAAUAAUAGCGUAACAGUACCAUUUAAAUCUGUAGUGUGUGGCUUCUGUGUUUAUUGCUGAUUAGCUUUAAAUAUAUGACAGAAAGUCAAUGCACAAAUGUGUGCUUUCAGAAAACUGGACAUCCUGCCCAUAGGUCUGCAGUGUGUGUCACAGCAGCUGAUAGCAAAGGCAAUGCAUGGCUGUGAGGACUUGUAGGUCGGGAGGUGGAAAUGGGGAGGGGGAUUCUCGAGGCCUAAUGGUCAGCCAAGCUAUCGGGAGGGCUCUUGUCUUGAUUGACAGGCACUGCUUGUGACUUUGCUGCCCUAUAAGGGCACAUCAACUUUAGGGCUCUGGCGUUUUGACUCGCCACCCCCCGUCAAGCUCCCCACCCCCGGUAGUGGACGUAUCUUCUGGAACCUUCUGAAUGGGAGCUUCCAGAAGCCCCCUCGCUGGAGGUAUAAAAAGACACCGGCGUGUUGUGGGAGUCUGUAUCGAGUCCAAAGACACUCACCGGAAGGAGCAGCAGCACAGCACUCACUCAGCCUCAGAACUCUUCACAAAGUUAUUGACUGACUCAAACCACCACAGAUUUCACACUCAAGAUGCCCGAGAACGCCACACAUGCCAUGGAGGAGGAUAUGGAGACCUUUGCCUUCCAGGCUGAGAUUGCUCAGUUGAUGUCCCUGAUCAUCAACACCUUCUAUUCCAACAAAGAAAUCUUCCUCAGGGAGCUCAUCUCCAACUCAUCUGAUGCUUUGGAUAAAAUCCGCUAUGAGAGCUUGACUGACCCCAGCAGACUUGACUCCUGCAAGGAGCUCAAGAUCGAAGUCAGGCCUGACUUGCAUGCCCGCACCCUCACCCUGGUCGACACGGGUAUUGGCAUGACCAAGGCUGACCUGAUUAACAACCUGGGCACAAUCGCCAAGUCUGGAACCAAGGCGUUCAUGGAGGCUUUGCAGGCCGGAGCUGACAUCUCCAUGAUCGGUCAGUUCGGUGUGGGUUUCUACUCGGCCUACCUGGUGGCCGAGAAGGUGACAGUCAUCACUAAGCACAAUGAUGACGAGCAGUACGUGUGGGAGUCUGCAGCUGGGGGCUCGUUCACAGUCCGACCUGACACUGGAGAGUCCAUAGGCAGAGGCACAAAAGUGAUCCUGCACCUCAAAGAAGAUCAGACGGAAUACUGCGAGGAGAAACGCAUCAAGGAAGUUGUGAAGAAGCACUCUCAGUUCAUUGGAUACCCUAUUACACUUUAUGUGGAGAAGACAAGGGAGAAAGAGGUAGAUCUCGAGGCGGGGGAGAAGGAGGAGGAUGCCGACAAACCCGCCUCCGAGAACAAGGACAAACCCGAGAUUGAGGAUGUGGGCUCCGAUGAGGACGAAGACACCAAGGAGAGCAAGAACAAGAGGAAGAAAAAGGUCAAGGAGAAGUAUAUGGACCAGGAGGAGCUGAACAAGACCAAGCCCAUCUGGACCCGCAAUCCCGAUGACAUUACGAACGAAGAGUAUGGCGAGUUCUAUAAGAGUCUCACCAAUGACUGGGAGGACCACCUGGCUGUCAAGCAUUUCUCCGUUGAGGGCCAGUUGGAGUUCAGAGCACUGCUCUUUGUACCCAGAAGGGCUGCGUUUGACCUCUUUGAAAACAAAAAGAAGAGGAACAACAUUAAACUGUAUGUGCGCAGGGUCUUCAUCAUGGACAACUGUGAGGAGCUAAUUCCAGAGUACCUCAACUUCAUCAAGGGCGUGGUUGACUCUGAGGAUCUGCCCCUGAACAUCUCCAGAGAAAUGCUGCAGCAGAGCAAGAUCCUCAAAGUCAUCCGCAAGAACCUGGUCAAGAAGUGCUUGGAACUCUUCUCUGAGCUUGCUGAAGACAAGGACAACUACAAGAAGUGCUACGAGCAGUUCUCAAAGAACAUCAAGCUUGGCAUCCACGAAGAUUCCCAGAACAGGAAGAAACUGUCAGAGAUGCUGCGAUACUACACCUCUGCUUCUGGAGAUGAGGUGGUUUCUCUGAAGGACUACGUUUCACGUAUGAAGGACAACCAGAAACACAUCUACUAUAUUACAGGUGAGACCAAAGACCAGGUGGCCAACUCCGCCUUUGUGGAGCGCCUCCGCAAGGCCGGCUUGGAGGUCAUCUACAUGAUUGAGCCCAUCGACGAGUACUGCGUCCAGCAGCUGAAGGAAUACGAUGGCAAGAAUCUGGUCUCAGUCACCAAGGAAGGCCUUGAGCUGCCCGAGGACGAGGAUGACAAGAAGAAGCAGGAGGAACUCAAGACUAAGUUUGAGAACUUAUGCAAGAUCAUGAAGGACAUCCUCGACAAGAAGAUAGAAAAGGUAACGGUCUCCAACCGCCUGGUGUCGUCACCGUGCUGCAUUGUCACCAGCACGUACGGCUGGACAGCCAACAUGGAGAGAAUCAUGAAGUCGCAAGCCUUGAGGGACAACUCUACCAUGGGCUACAUGACGGCCAAGAAGCACCUGGAGAUCAACCCCCUGCAUCCUAUUGUGGAGACCUUGAGGUCGAAGGCUGAGGCGGACAAGAACGACAAGGCAGUGAAGGACCUGGUCAUCCUCCUGUUUGAGACUGCCUUGCUAUCUUCUGGAUUCACGCUGGAGGACCCCCAGACGCACGCCAACCGCAUCUACAGGAUGAUCAAACUUGGUCUUGGCAUCGAUGAAGAUGACUUGGCAGUCGAGGAUCUCGCUCAGCCUGCGGAAGAAGACAUGCCAGUUCUAGAGGGCGAUGACGACACAUCAAGAAUGGAAGGAAGUCGACUAAACGGUGUACCAGACUCGUCUGCUUUCUUAAUACUACUCGUUGUAACUUAUUUAAGUCAUUAGUUUCUAAACAUUAACUGUUUGUCACCAUAAUGUAGAAAAGGUCACCCACAGAGUUGUUACAAUAGAACCUGAGAUGCUUAUGUGAAAUUACCCAAAACAAAGCUUUUUAUGCCGACUGAUUCCAUGCAAUUAUAUUUUUGUUAGUUAAAGACAAUACAAUUAAUUGACGGUGUAGCGGUACUCUGGCCUGACCUCUCUUCAGACUGUGGGUUCAGUUCCCACUCAGUAACAAUGUGAAUGUGAGUUGGAAUGGUCCUCUGUCUUUAUUUGUGCCCUGUGAUUGACUGGCGAUCAAUCCAGGGUGCAGUCCGCUUUUCGCCCAAAGUCAGCUGGGAUAGGCUCUUGCUCCAUGUGACCAUGAACAGAAAAAUGUAUGGAUGAAUGUUUAUAUCUUCCAUCCAUCGAUCCAUACAUUUUCUAUACAUCUUAUCCUCAUUAGAAUUGCAUUGGGCUGGAGCCCACCCCAUUUUAUACACCCUGGACUGGUCACCAGCAAUCACAGGGCACAUAUAAGCAAACAACCAAAGACUCACGUUCCCACUGUGAGGCAGACGUGCUAAUCAUUAGGCAGACCUGCAAACCACGAUGGCCCCCGUGCUAUGUUUUUAUCUUAACAAACAAGAUACAAUUGCUUGGAACUGUGAAACCUCCAAGCAAAACAAUAGUCACUGGAAAUAUGUAGCUUGUAUCUUUUUGUAACAUUUUUAUUGAAAGCAUUAAAAUUUGUAAUAAAAUCA